AUGGAGCCGCAUUCCUGGGAGACCAUAGCCUGCUUGGGAAGGGGACUGACCUGCACUUACAAGGAGGGAGCAUUGUUGACAAGAAGGGAAGAGUCCCAACGGUGCAACCCUACCAGAGAAGUUUCAAAUGCCUCGUAUGGGGUAUUUCAGGGGUGGCUCUACUGGACCCACUGGCCAGGUGCGUACAAGCUUCUCUCUCCAGGUUGCAGUACCACCAAGCUGCCGCUUGCUCGGGACGGAGGCGGGCGCGAAUAUGCACGGCGGGAGAGAGGUGCAGCCUCUGAAUACGAGCUUUCCAUGCGCAUAGACUUGAGUAUGAGUGCGAGUCUGGGGCUCACAGUCCGAGAACAGCGCUUCGUUGCUCAGGCGGACUCGAGACACAGGGUCGAGGACAUGGAAAUGCUCGAAUUGGAUGUGAAUGUUGAGUUCCCUGUUCUGCACGAUGGGAUUUCCAUGAAUGGACGCAUUGAACCCCUGAAAUGCCCGAGAUACACCCGUGGCAGUGCAACAAUGCAGAUCACAAGUCCUGAUCAAAAGAAAGAGAGAGACAGAGGGAGGGAGAGAGGGAUACUGUAG